GUUCUUAAAGUAAAAGCCUCUCAUCAAACCAGCUGGGCACAGAGGUUACAUAAAACAAGUGGUUUGUUUACUAGAUAUGGCUGCACUUCGACAACUCGGUUCUAGAGCUCUUCAGUUGCCACAAAUUUGGAAGACUUCCGCUUCCAUCGCCCUUGUACGAAAUGCAUCACAAGACGCCACUAAACCAAUACUAUAUUCGUAUUGGACAAGCUCAUGUUCUUGGCGAGUUCGCAUAGCUUUGGCCUUGAAGGAUAUUGACUACGAAAUUCGAGCAACAUCCUUGCUUAAAAAGGACAGCAAUCAUGUCUACACCACAGACUUUUUAAAAGUGAACCCCAUGCAAACGGUUCCAGCAUUGCACAUUGAUGGAAACACGCUCUGCGAUUCGAUAGCAAUAAUACAUUAUCUAGACGAAACUCGGCCCCAGAAUGCGGUUUUGCCCCAAGAUCCUGUCCAGAGAGCCAAAGUCCGGGAGAUAGUUUUUCUUAUUGGUUCUGCCAUCCAGCCCCUGCAGAAUAGACUGGUCCUGGAAACCAUUGGAGAAGAGAAAAAUAUGGACUGGGCUCGUCACUGGAUAUCGCGAGGAUUUCGCGGCCUGGAGAGGAUACUCUCUCAAUCGUCGGGAAAAUACUGUGUGGGAGAUGAGAUUUCCAUGGCAGAUGUGUUUCUUGUGCCCCAGGUCUUUAAUGCCCUUAGGUACAAGACUGAUAUGACCCCAUACCCCACGAUUGUCAGAUUGAACGAAGAGCUCCUGAAACUGGAAUCCUUUAAGGUCUCCCACCCGCACGUACAACCCGACUGUCCACCAAAGUUUGCUAAGAAGUCUUAAAAAUAUAAUCUCAUUCCUAUUCCACUUAUUGCAUUUACUUUUUAACCAAAAAAUAAACAUAUUAUCCCAAAAACCAA